GCUUUAACCAGCAACACAUUUUCAAAAUUGCGAUUUCGACAAGAUUGUACGAUAGUUUGUCCUUGAGCAGCACCUAUACGGAUACAUUGGCGUGACAAGUGGCAUGGCCGCGCGUAGCAAGGUAUUGCAGCUUUUCAAGGCUUUACAUAGAACAAGAAAAGAAGUGUUUAAAGGUGAUGAUGCUGCCCUAGAAGCUGCAAGACAGAAUAUUAAUGCUGAAUUCCGGAACAAUCUUACUGAGUCGUCUCCAGAGAAAAUAAUUGAGUUACUUAAAUUUGGUACAGACGUUGAAAUUAUUCUUCGAAAAACUGUAAUACAGGGGCUUCAUAAAGACCAUGAUAGAAUAUCUAUUAGACCCAGAAAAGAGAUUCUUCUGGAUAACAUGCCUGUCAAUCAUCAUCCCACAACGAAAGAUACAUAAUGACAACAGAGGAGCAGUUCAUCUGCUUUUAAGUGCAUCCAGAAUUAUACUAGAUUUUUAACAAAAAGAUGAUGAGAAGGUGGAUGUACAGGACAUCCUCUGGGUGUAUACCAGCCAGGCCUGCAUAACCAUUUCCAUCAAUCCCAUUGAAUGGCCAAGGCAGUAUUUCCUCCUUCUGUUUUCCGUGUGUUCUGUAUAUCUAAUGAACUUACUUUCAUUCAUUUUAUUGUUAGGUGUGGAUAGUUUUAUUUGAAAAUUUUGAAAAGUAAGGGCAAGAUGAUGUGACUGGUCCACCUAUGAUCUAUGUGAUGAACUAUUUGUUUUAUUUAAAUAAAGUGAUCCUAAAUGUG